AUGUGGAAACAGAGUUCAAAUCAAAAUCAGAAACCUUAUAGCAAGAUAUUUUGGCCUAUACGAUGUAACAACAAGAAAUCAGGUUACUUGAUCGGAUGGAAUACACGUAGCUUUGUUGCUUGUGUAGUUGAUAUCAUAUCCGAUAUAAGUUUGAAAGAUUUAGAGACAAUUUUACACAAGUUAUCAUUUGAUGUUAGAAUGCAGUCAUGUCCUGUUGAUCCUCCAAGAAUAUUGGGUGAAUGGGUUGCAGGAGAUGAUGUACCUACACCCGUACCAAACAACCUACACGAAUUGGAUAUUUGGAUAUCGAUGAAACAAUCGGACCGAGGUGAUCCGAUACUCAAAAAGAUCUAUUGCAAUGAAUACAAGUUUCAAACAUCUUCACAGAUUGUAUUGUACGAUGACUCGUCUCCCUAUUAUUACACCUCUGUACCUAUAUCAUUCACACAUACUCUGUCUGGAAAGGAUGCCCCUGCUGGUAUUGGUGGUAGUGGUGGUGGUGGACAAUCAUCAAGCGCUAAAUCAAAGACCGCUGCUGCAGGUAACAGCGUUUUCUUUAUUCCCACAGCUGCCAACUCUCCAUCUGCUGGUUCAACUCCAUCUUCAACAUCACCCGAAUACGCAAGAAAAUCAAGAACUCAUUCUGAUUUGGAAUCAACUUUUAAACAGAUAAAUUGUUCAAGUGAUAUAUUACCAAUUUUAAAUGAUACAAUCAAGAAACAUUAUUCUAAAAAAUCAAAUACUACAAAUAGUAAUAAUAAUGGAGUGGGAGGAAAUCAACCCAAUACAAUGAUGAUGGACAAGGGAGGAAAAGAGGGUAAAUCUUUAUUCUCAAGUUCAUUCUUUUCUCUUAGACUUCGAUCAAAUACAAAGAAUAAGAAUAAUAAUGUUGCAAGUGAUAGUGACCCCGAAGACCCUAGUGGAAAUAUUACAAAGAGUGGAUCUAUACCAGUCAGUACAAAAGCUACUACUACUACAACAACAACUACUAAACCAAAACAAGAGAAAACAAAAUCAACAAGACAUAUAUUCUUUAGUCCACUUUACUUGUUGAUUUUAUUGGUACAAUUAUUUGGAAAGUUAUUAUCUAAAAUUUUAAAUUUGGAAGCACCAUUUUUUAAGGGUAGUAAAUUAAAGGAUUUAACAACUCUUGGAACACAUUUGGAUAAUAGAAUAGAGGAAAUUAAAUUAAUGUCCUUACAAUAUCAUUAUUUACAAGAAAAGAAAUAUUGGUUAAAUAAUAAUAAUGAUAGAUCAUUAUAUAUAGAAUUUCAUAACAAAUGUUGGUUAUUAUUUAAUGAUAUAAUGUUGGGAGUUGGAGCAGGAUUUUUAUUGAAUUUCCUUAGUCCAUAUGUACUAAGUGGAGUGGCUCGAGUCAAUUAUUUCCUUACCAAUGAAUUAUUAAAGAAUCUUAUUUUAUGGUUAAUGGGUUGGCCUGCAGGUUUUAAAUUGAAUGAAAAUUUGGAUAAAUUUUUUGGUAGAUUAAUUCUUUAUUAUAUUGAUAAAUGGAAUUUAAUUACUACAACAUUAUCACCACAUGGAUCAAUUAUAUUACAAAUUGUUUGUAUGAGUGGUAUAUUUGGUGUAUCAUUUUUAAUUAGUGUUAUUAUAGACCUAUUUUCAAUCUUUACAUUACAUAUUCAUGUAUUCUACAGUGUAUCUGCAAGAUUCUAUUUAUUACAAUUGAUUUUAGCAAAAUCUCUUUGGAAUUUAUUUAGAGGAGUAAAAUUUAAUCCAUUAAGAAAAAGAACAGAUAGUUGUGAUUUUGAUCAAUACCAAUUAUUACUUGGAACGGUAUUAUUUACAUUGAUUAUAUUUUUGGUACCUACAACAGCCAUCUAUUAUUACUUUUUUGCGGUAUUCAAAGCAGCAUUGGCGAUUAUUUUGGGAUUAUUUGGGUUACUCUUGCAUCUAUUAAAGACAUUCCCACUUUGUGGCAUUGUCAUUUAUUUAAUCGAUCCCAAAUACCUACCGUUUGGUGUGACAUUCAAGGUGAGCGAGUCGUCAAACAGUACGAGUCAACAACCACAACUCUUGUCACACCCCUCAACUCCACCCAUUUCUCCAUUCACAGUCUCUACGCCUGGCCUCACUAUUCAAAAGCCAACCAUGGUGAAUGGUAACCAAUCACCUCCACUGUCACCUACCCUCUUUAGUACACCUAUUCAUCAUCAACGUAAUUUUAGUAGUCCAACCGUUGCAAAUGCUCUAUUACUACAACAACAACAAUUACAACAACAACAACAACAACAACAAUCAUCGACAGAACCAAAUAGUGGAUUAUUAUCACCACUACAAUCAACUUUUGCACCAACUGGAACCAAUUCAGCUUCGUUGGUUGGGGCCAACAACAAACCGCAUCACAAUAUGGGUCACCGAAGAAACCAGAGUUUACAAACUACUUUACAUGGAACAGGAGGAACGAUAGGAGGAGGUGGAGGAGUAUCAUCAUCACCAAUGGGUAUUAGAGUUUCAACACAAUUGGAAAUAACCUAUGUCAGAAUCAACAUUGAGCCAGUAGGUUUAGGAUCACUAUUCUCUCACACAUCCAAGCUCCUUGCAGACAGUUUCUCAUUCUAUAAUCCAAACAAACUUUGCAAAUCUUUUAUUUUUGGUACUCCAAUUAAUAAAAAAUAA